UUGUGGUUUCUGUGGUUCGGGUAGUUUAGUUCUAAAUUUGGAACAUCCAUAUUUUGAUAAAUAUAUAUAGAGAAAGUUUUUAAAUGGGUUCUUAUAAUAAAAAAAUAUUAAAGUGUAAUUACUACAGAGUUUUAUAGUGACGCAUAAUAAAGUGUAACUAAACAUAUUUAUGAAGUUAUUUCCAUAUAUAGGUUUUGUUAACAAUGCCUGCACCUCCACCUCCCCCUCCCAUGGCCCCUGCGGCGCCACCUCAACCUGUAUUAAAUAUAUCAAAGGGUGGCGCGACUGAACGAGAUGCAUUAUUAACAUCCAUCAGACAGGGAAAGAAAUUAAAAAAAACUGUUACUGUUGAUAAAAGUACUCCACUGAUACCAGGUAAAGUUAGCAGUUCUACAGGAAAUAAUAAUGGGUUUACAUCGUCUUCUGCAUCCCCUAGUAUCCCUGGAAACAUCCCUUCAAAUGGAUUAGGUGGAUUAUUUGCAGGUGGAAUUCCAAAACUUAAACCUACUGGUAAACUAGGGCCUCCUAGUAGUACUACUAAAAAUGUUAAUAACAACGAUGUUACUCCACCACCUGUAACACCAACUAAAAAUUUUACUAACAUACAGUUGGAGUUGAAGAAGCAGUUAGCAAGUGAUAAUAGGAAUAGGGGCCCACCUCCACCUGCACCAAACAGAAAUAUGUCUGGCGAUCCAAAUCAAAGGCAACCAUUUACUGUUAAAGAAAAUGUUUCGAGUAGUUUGCACUUAAGUCAGUUAUCAUUGAGUGCAAAUUCUUCCAGUUUACAUGCUAAUAGUAGUACGUUACAUAGGAAAGCAAAAAGUAAUGCUAAUUUAACUGUAGAUAUUACUAAUGAUGUAAAUAAUGGUUUCCCGCCAGCCCGAACUGUGAUUAACCACGGAAAGCCAAAUUUAGCACCUAAACCACCGAUUUUAAAUGGAAAACCUGCCCCACCCCAAAAAAGAAAUGGCAAACCCAUCAGCAGGGCACAUAGUAUGAAAAGCCCGAGGUCGCCAUCACCGCAAAGUCCUGAUGGAAAUUCUGCCAAUAAAUUUGGAACCGUUAGGCAUAUGUCUUCCAUUAUCAGCCAGUCAUUAGCAAAUUCGACUGGUCAUAAUCCCAGACCACGGCCUGCUAUAAACACUAGACCUUCUGGUCCUCCUCCUUCAGUUCCAGUACAACAAGUACCGACGAACAUAAUAUCUCCGAGUCAGCCACAGCAACCGCUUCCUCCGCCGCCCCCCUCAAAGAUCAAUGUGAAACAUCCAAAUCAGGCUCCCCCUCCACCACCUCCAAAUUCGAUACCCCAAGUUCCAAGCCACGCGCCACCGCCGCCCCCACCACAUAAAACGCUACCCGUCAAACCGCCCCCAUUGGUACCACCAAUCAAUAAUACACCACCUCCACCACCCCCAAGACAUUCAUCUAUGAAUACUGCAACAACGAAACCGGAAUUUCCUGAUUUCGAGGAAAAAUUCAAGAACUUAUUUCAGUCACCUGAUAAAUUUCCUCAACCAGUACCAUAUAAAAACGUUUUAAAGAUGUAUUCGUCUUUAAAAUCUGGCAUAUAAUAUUUAACUAAUAUUUUGCUUUAAUCUAAACGAAUCCAAAAUAUUUAUCAUUUUGUUAUUGUAUAAUACAUUUUUAAUCUUAUUUAU